AAUCGAAUUUUACUGCAAUUUAAUUGAAUUUUCUCAAAGAAAAACUAAAAAUUACAACACAAAAAAUCAAAAUUCGAAUAAAUUUGACUGUUUUUCAUCAAAAAAUCUCCAAAGCACGACGGAGAAAUUUGAAUUUCGUACUUUUUUGUCAAAAUACCAAACAACUUUUUAAUGAUGGACUACGAUUUCAAGUUACAAACGCAGAAUAAACGGACAAAAGUCGAAGAUCUCUUCGACUACGAAGGUUGCAAAGUAGGACGAGGCACUUAUGGACACGUUUACAAAGCUCACAGAAAAGAAGGCGGCGACACAAAAGACUAUGCAUUAAAGCAAAUUGAAGGAACGGGUCUUUCCAUGUCGGCAUGUCGUGAAAUCGCUCUUUUACGAGAAUUGAAGCAUCCGAACGUCAUAAAUUUAAUUCGCGUCUUUUUAUCGCAUGGAGACCGCAAGGUUUGGCUUCUUUUUGACUAUGCGGAACACGAUUUGUGGCACAUUAUCAAGUUUCACAGAGCAGCAAAGGCAGCGAAAAAGUCCGUAAUUGUCGUGAAAGGCAUGGUAAAGAGUUUAUUGUACCAAAUUUUGGAUGGAAUUCAUUAUUUGCACAGUAAUUGGGUGUUGCAUCGCGAUUUGAAGCCGGCAAACAUUCUCGUGAUGGGCGAAGGUAACGAACGGGGUCGUGUCAAAAUUGCCGAUAUGGGAUUUGCGAGACUUUUUAAUGCGCCGCUGAAGCCUCUGGCGGAUUUGGAUCCCGUCGUUGUGACUUUCUGGUAUCGGGCGCCUGAAUUGCUGCUCGGAGCGCGUCAUUACACGAAAGCGAUCGAUAUUUGGGCGAUCGGAUGUAUUUUUGCGGAACUUUUGACAUCAGAACCCAUCUUCCAUUGUCGUCAGGAGGACAUAAAAACAAGCAAUCCCUAUCAUCACGACCAACUGGAUCGAAUUUUCAACGUUAUGGGCUUCCCGCAGGACAAAGACUGGGAAGAUAUCCGAAAAAUGCCCGAACAUCACACGUUGUCGAAGGAUUUCAAGCGAUCCGCGUACGCAAAUUGCUCUCUCACGAAAUACAUGGAACGACACAAAAUCAAACCCGACAGCAAAGCAUUCCAUUUACUCCAAAAACUCCUUUUGAUGGAUCCGAAUAAGCGAAUUACGUCGGAGCAGGCGAUGCAAGAUCCUUAUUUUUCGGAAGAUCCGCUGCCAACGCAGGAUGUUUUCGCCGGCGGACCAAUUCCGUAUCCGAAACGCGAAUUUUUGAGUGACGACGAUCAAGAUGACAACAAACAAGACAAUAAAAGACCUCAGCAGCAGCAGCAACAGCAGAAUAUGGGACAAAAUUCAGGACAGCAAGGCAAUAACGGAGGACACGAUCAUAAUAAUGCGAAACGAGUGCGAAUGAAUCCGCAACCGGGACAAGGAAAUAACAUGAACCAGCAAGAUCAGUAUCAGCAGAAUCAACAAAAUCAGGGACAAAUGAUGUUCAAUAAUGGGCAACAGCAGCAGCAGCAACAACAACAACAGCAACAGAAUUUUAAUCGAUUCUAGGAUUCGGAAUAAAAUUAAUUUUAAGAAUAAAAAAAAAAUUUUUUUCAUAUUUUUUCUUUAUUUUAUUUUUUCAUUCAAAAUAAUUCUUACAUUUUUUUAAAAAUAAAAACAAAUUUAAUCAUAA